AUGGCAUCCAUCCAAGCGAAAACCAUCCCGGCUCCCGGCCAGCUCCCCAACGUCAGGCACGAUGCGCUCCGCGUCUUCAACGUGCUCAAGGCCGGGGGCGUAGCCAUCCUGCCGUCCGAGGUUGGCUACGCCAUAUUCGCUUCGUCGGCAGACGCCAUCGAACGCGCAUUUGCGGCCAAGCAGCGCAAAGCUGGGCAUUCCGUGGGCAUCAUUGGCACCUACGACCUGCAUCGCGGACUCCACGUGCUGGACGACAAGCGAUUUGAGAUGACCCGCGUCCUGACACAAGACCUGGAUAUGCCGCUGAUCAUCGUUGCGCCAUAUCGCGACGACCAUCCUAUCCUAAAGAACACCACGCCGCAGACUCUCGCAAAAGCGAGCAAGAACGGAACUAUUGCCAUGUAUGUAGGCGGCGGUUCGCUUUUAACGGAGUUGUGCAAAUUGAACGAAGCCGCCGGCCAGCUGGUGGUUGGCUCCAGCGCCAACGUCUCGGGCAAGGGCCAGAAGUUUCGAGUCCAGAAUAUCGAGCAGGAGGUCCUGGAUGUCGCGGAUAUCAUCGUCAAUUAUGGGCUGCAGCGCUAUCAUAUCUAUGGGCAAGCGUCCACCAGUAUGGAUUUUGAGAAUAUGCGUGUUAUCCGGAAAGGGAGUUGCUAUGAGCUGCUCCAGGAACGCAUCAAUAAGUUUUGGGGUAUUGACCUGGAGAAAGACGAGACAAAGUGA